AAGAAUUAGUUGACUUUUUGAAGCAAUAAAAAAACUUCAGCAAUGAUAUUUUGAUGAAUUUUACUUAGUAAAAGCAAAAGCAUAUGCAUGAUCUCUCUCUCUCUCUCUCUCCUUCACCAUCCCCAUCUCCAUAGAUUCUCUAAAAAUGGAACUAUUAGUGAUAAGGUUCAUCAUGUUGUCAAUUCUAAUGUUGUCAUACACUACCAUUCUUUGGCUUGUAGUUGCAGACACUAAUGUGCUAUCUGGGUCAGAAUGUUCAGAGGCUGAGAGUGCUGCAACUCAGAAUUCAUUCCAAACCAAUCUCAAUAGUCUUCUGAAUUCUCUUCCUACAAGUGUGUCUCCUCAUGGUGGUUUUUACAAAACCUCAGCAGGGAAAGACUCAGACAAGAUAUAUGGCCUAGUACAAUGUAGAGGUGAUGUUUCUGCCGCAGAUUGUGCCAACUGCACUAAAGAAUCUACCAAAGCGGCUUUGCAAGACUGUCCGCGAAGCAAGAAGGUUAAGGUCUGGUUCAAAUGGUGCUUCCUACGCUAUUCGGAUGAGAACUUUUUUGGUAUUUGGGAUCAAUCUUCAGUGGCCUUGACUAAUGAUACCAAUUUCGAAGAUUCGUCCAUGGUAUCAAAAGGACUUAAUUUUAUGGAUGAACUUGCAUCUACAGCACCGGAACAGCCUCUGAUGUUCCAGACAGCAGUAUUGGAUGGUGGAGAAAGUGGUAAGAGGUAUGGCAUGGGUCAGUGCAUAAGGGAUAUCAGUAGGUCUGACUGCAGCAGGUGCUUGGAUGCACAGUUGGUGACUUUUAGAACCACAAUUGGGAAUAAAAGAGGUUGGGAGAUUUAUGGAUCCAGUUGUAGCAUGUGGUAUCAUGACUUCCAGUUCUAUUUCAACAUUUCAACUCCUGUAAAUGAUGGGGAUAGAAGUCUCUCAUUACCUGGAGUACCAAUUGGUGUGGCUCUUGCAGAACUAGUGCUUCUAUGGUGGCUCCUAUAGCAAAGACAGAUUCUUAUCUAAGUGGAUUUGGUCUAAUAUCCUUUUUUUUCGUGCCAUCAUUUGAUUAAAUGAAGUUCUUCAUAAUUUGUUGAAGAGCCAGAAGGUGGUUGUGCAGUGGUUUGAGGUCAAGUUAUCAGGUUGGGCAAUUUUGAGUACUUUCAAUUCUUUUAUCCGAUCUAUUUUGA